UUGUCUUUUUUUAUCAUACAAUACGUAUCGCUUGUUUAUUUGAUAUCUCAUUAUUUUGCGUAGAAGUUAAGGAGUCUCGCAGUCUACACGCAUCACUGAUAUGGGGCAGUCGGCGGUCUGCCCUACUACCAAAAUAACCAUACUACUUGUGAACCAAAAUGGCUCCAAGCAGAGUAUCCAAUUCGGGACCCUUAACAGAAAGUGAUAUAUUUCGUAAUUAUUACACGGACAAUGACUAUUUUUUAUCACCCGAAGGCAUUUUAAAAGUAGUCUCGGCCUUGAUUUGUGUGGCAGCGUCGGUGGUGUUCAUAAGCGGGGGCUCAUGUGAUGCGCCGGGGCUACUGGCCGGCACCACGAGCAUCCUGUUGGUGUGCGGCGCCGCGCUCUGCUUCUUAUACGCUGGCGUAGCACUCGACAUACCAAGAUUCGCACCACAGGCCUGGUUAUAUACUGAUAUUGUUACUUCAACUGUGACGGGAGUGCUGAUGCUGGUCAUUAGCGUGCUCGGCAUGAUGCUCUGUGGCAUGACUACGCUUGUCAACACUCUAUUUAGUCCCCUGGUGUUGCUAAACGCCGUCCUAGUGACUGGCAGCGGCGUGGUGACGUACGUGCGGGUGAUGCACCGGUGGGACGCGGAGCGCAUCGCUCACCAGCCGCAAUCUUCUGCACCCAUCGAGCACGAAGUCUAAACUUAACACAAAACUAUACUAUAAUAGAAAAUAUAUUUUUUAUACGGCCACGACAUGUUAACUUCACUUCACCUAAACUAAGUGGGGUCGAGACAGAUUUGACUGGCGAGAGACGUAUAUCCCUCGCUAGUCGAUCAAUUAUGUCGGUCUAUUUGAAUCCUGAUAUAUCUACACUGACUGAUCCCGAAGCGUGGGCUGGGACACAGAGGGUCGCUGUGGCGGGCCACAAUGUAGUUCAAUAAUGUUUUACUCAAGCUUAAGUAUGAUAAAAACAUGUUAAGUUCCUCCUCCGAGCCCAUGGCCUUGAACAUUCGUUGCAUCAAUUUACGGCACACGAGUUACGGAUGGGAAUAUGCAGAUAAAAUUUGUUGGACUGCUUUAUCUAAAAGUGUUCAGCAAAACGGCGCGCUAACUGUAUUUUUAGAAGCUAUCUAAUCGAAACCUUAAAAUCUUAAAGAAAAAAAAAUAACAUUAUAUUUCUACAAUAUGUUAUUUUAACUUUAGCAGUUUAAUAUUUUUUUAUAAAUUAUUAAAUCAUCAAAGUUAAAAUAAAGUACACAUCUCUUUUACUUUACAUCCAACACUUAUAAAAAGACAAUUCAAUAAGGAAUAUUCUGGUAGUUUAAACUAUUUAAAUAACUUGAAAUUGUUUUUUUUUUUAUGAAUUUAUUCGUAAAUCUUUGCAUACUCCUGCUGUAAUUCGUACGCCGUAAAUGUAGGUAUGAGACAAAUUUUUAAGGCCAUCUGUUCGGGGGAUAGUCUUAAGGUAUGCUUGAAAAAUGUAUAGGUGUCUGUUAUCAAUCAAGUGGCUUUUUGUAGCAGAUACGCGGCAAAGGAAAUAAGGAUUGAAUGAUCAUCAUUUUCCGUCCGUAAAUACCCAUACUACUAGAGUAGAGAGGGUGUGGCAUAUCUCAUAUUUAUAGGAGAAACGAGAAAUGUGUGUGUUGGGGGUUAUACAUUUUUUGUGACUUCGCAGGAAAUAUGGAAAGCCACAGCAAAGCAAUCAUUCAUCAAGGUUUAAUAUGAGACCGCAGUUUUUUGGCUUUGUUUUGUACACGAAACUGUUUGCUGUCUACCUCCACCAGAAUAUACUAUUACAUUAUUGGUGAUUAUAUUAUUUUAGUUACUUUAUUGUUUCAGGAUUAUUAAUUAUAUUUUUAAAUGAUUAUUAGAAUAAAUGGUAGCCUCAUUUUAAGAAUAGAGUAAUAAAUAAAAUUUUACACAAUGGGUAAGACACUGUAAUAAUAUAAAAUGAUAAUAAUUUUAUUAUAAUUUGAUACAGUAUUAAGUUUUAUAUUGUGAACUUUAGUGUUUUGUUCCUAUUUUAAUAAAUGACUACUAGUUUAGCUUCCUUUUUAUAUGUCACUAGUUCAAUAAAAUUUGAAUGUGAAAAUAAAAAGCAUAGUUGUAAUAACAUACUUUAUAAAAACCUUUACUAUAAUAAACAUGAAUUAAAUAAAUAUUUUUAAUAUC